CGUUUGUGCACUCCGCCCGCCUCCGCCCCAAUCCCCCAUCGAUCGACUUUAUCCGGUACUCCAGCCAACCCAAUCAUGGCGUGCCGGUCGGCCGUGUCCGCCCCCUCCGCCCUCGCGCCGGCACCGCACCGCCGCCUUGUGUCCACCCGCAGCAGAACCAGGGCUGGCGACGCACGCCCGCUCCGCUCCGGCUCCACCUGCGCGCUCCGCCUCGCCGCUCGCCGCGCCCCCGCCCUCGUCGUCCGCGCGGCGGCCUCCUCAGAGGGUGACGUGGAGCUCCAAGCCAAGGUGACGAACAAAUGCUUCUUCGACGUCGAGAUCGGCGGGGAGCUGGUAGGCAAGGUGGUCAUCGGGCUCUUUGGUGAGGUCGUCCCCAAGACCGUCGACAACUUCCGCGCCUUGUGCACUGGUGAUAAAGGGUAUGGGUACAAAGGCUCCUCCUUCCACAGAAUCAUCAAGGACUUCAUGAUUCAGGGUGGGGAUUUCCAGAACAACAAUGGUACUGGUGGGAGGAGUAUUUAUGGUGAAUGCUUUGAUGAUGAAAAUUUUACGUUAAAGCAUGUUGGCCCUGGUGUACUAAGCAUGGCCAACGCUGGUCCUGACACAAAUGGGAGUCAGUUCUUCGUUUGCACUGUGAAGACACCAUGGUUGGACAACCGUCACGUCGUGUUUGGACAUGUCUUGGAGGGGAUGGACGUUGUGAAGGAGCUUGAAUCGCAAGAAACCAGCAGAGCCGAUACUCCCAAGCAGCCGUGUCGAAUCGUGAAUUGUGGCGAGCUUCCCUUGGACGGCUGAAUAAGUUAUUGUCUCAGGGCCCAUGGUAAUCAAGGGUUCAACCCAGCUCAUCAUCCAUUCUUUGUGCGAAUUUAAUCGAGAGAGAGAGAGAGAGAGAGAGAGAGAGAGAGAGAGAGAGACUAGUUGAAUCUCAUUCAGCUAGCUAGUCAACUUUAUAAGUUUAGGAAUCUCAUCAGGCCUUGUUUCACGAGUGUAUUGUUGUUUCAGGCAAAAUAACAGUAUCCAUAUGGGAAACUGAAAUCAGGUUGACGAGUUUAAACCUGAGUUACUCUUGUUUGUGAAUGAAAAUUGGAAGUUUUUUCUUA